UUAGCUAGAAUCUGUUACUGCAAUGAUGUGACCGCAGGGUUAGCAGUAACCCCUCCCAGGCCGGAGUACGGUAACUAACGGUAACGGGAGGUUUUCCUCUUCUUCCCAUUGUACCGGUGUUGCUUGAGAGGCGCGUGAACGCUACCACUGGCAGCCAUGGUAACCGUGAGACGCUAAGCUAAGUUCCAACAUGGCGUGGUGCAUUGUACUAGACUAGCUAGCUAGCUGGAGGGCUAACGUCAAUAGCACGUCAGUACGCUACGUUUCGCAAAAAUACGCUCAUUUCAUCCCGGAAGCUGUUAGAUGGAUAUUACUUAACGAAGAUUUAUGUGUGUUUGUUUAGCGUUUGUUUGUUUGUCUGUGAGCGUUCAUCGCGUUAGCCCUCCGGCACCGUCCACUCAUUUAGCAUCUGUUGUAGCUUGAACAUUAAGUAGCUAGCCGGUUGCAUUGAUAACACACAGCAGUGGCUGUUACGACCGCAGUGUGUGUGGUUGCCUAUGGUUACCUAUGGCUUUCUAUGAAGUGUACUCUCACCCGGCGUUGCUUCGCUACAAAACGAGCGUUUGCACGAAAGCCACUGUGUUUGUGGUUGUUGUUCUGUGCCUCACAUACAUCCCCCCUCUGCUGGUUGCUUACAGGAGCCAAGGUUUCUGGAUAAAAAGAAGCACUUAUGAGGAGCAACCGGUUGUGAGGUUCCAGUACCAGACUCUGCUGGUGGCAGCAACCAGCCCUCAGGGAGACUAUGUCGCCUGGAGCACUUUCCCCUAUCUGAACAACAUGCUUGGGGCCAACCUGCGGAUCCCAUCUAUCUCUGUGAGAGAAGAGGACCAGAACCAGGACGGGAAGUUGGACUUCCUGACUUUGCAACUGCAGCUACCUCUAAAACCUGAGGAACAGGUGUACAGCGUCCAACUGCUGCUCACCUUCAGCUACCAGCUCUUUCGAAUGUCCACAGUGGUGAUGCAGAGCCUGGCCUAUGUGCAACACUCUUCUUCUGUCCCUGGAGCUAAACUGUUCAUUAGUGGAGACCUGAGGCUCCAGCAGAGGACUCCCCUGCCGCACCGAGGACUGUACAACAUUUACAAUGUGUCAGUCAUCGAUGGCUCCAGCCCUUUUGCAAGCGCAUAUGACCUUGACAACAUAAUUGGGAGCUACCAGGACAGAAACUUGACCACAGUACUGUCGUGUCCCAUGCCUGUCUGGACUGUGGGACGAGCUGCUGGGUCCCCCUUUCAGCUUAAUGCUGAGAUCCGUUACCCCAUAGAGGUCAUUAGCUAUCGUCCUGGCUUUUGGGAAACCAUCAAAUUUGCCUGGAUUCAAUACGUCAGUGUCCUCCUCAUCUUCCUCUGGGUCUUUGAGCGCAUACAGAGAUUUGUUUUCCAGAACCAGGUUCUAACCACCGUACCCAUACCGGUGGGAAAACCUCACCUGUCAUGAUGCAGUGGUGGUGCUUUGACCUCCAGGUAUACAAGAACCAGCAGGUUUAUUUUACCAGAGUCGAUAUAACAUGUCUCACAAUGACAGAUACCCUUUGACUGAAAUGUAAUACCAAAUCAAUGGAAGUGUGAGUUUUAGGGAAAAGCCAUUUGGUCUGUUCUGUUCUUUGGUCUACAUUAUGAGAACAUAAACUUCAAAUUCUACCAGCUAUCUCAGACCAGUAGUGUACAGUCUUAAAUCAGAGGUCUGAACCUGUGACAGCUUUAAAACAAAAUGUAGAGAAACUAAAUUGGACACAGUGGUGAUAGCAAUUUUGUGCUAAUUCAGUUGAAAGUUGAUUAGAACUUGUAGUGACUUGUUACACUGUUUCCAUAUGAAGCAAAUGUCAUGCGUGAAGUCAACUGCUUUGAAGGUGCUUCAUAUUGACUUUUAUCAAGGACCAGUGUGUAGGAUUUUGUGGCAUCUUGUGGUGAAGUUGCAGAUUACAACAAACUGAACACCACUCACGUCUGUAUGUACGACAUGGGAAUGAGAAUAGGCUGUGAAUGAGUAGGAGAAACUACGGGAAACUUGUAUGGUUUGUCCCUUCUGGGUAACUGUAGAAACAUGGCUGUUCAAAAUUCAUUCUCAUUCCAAGGCAACGAAAACAUGAUUCCUAUAUUCAGAUGAUUAUACACUAAUGGAAACAUACCUAUGAACAUUAUAUUCCAUUUCUGACAGUAGAUCCUGCUAAAUGUUACACACUGGACCUUUGACAAGUUGAGCAAAGAACCUCCCAAGAAUAUGCUGUAUUCCUUUUAAUAAUUUUCCUGUAUUUUAUACAGACAUGCAGAGAGACACAAUUUGAUUUAUAUUUUAACCCUUUCUUGGACAGGUUUCUACGCAGACCCUCCGCUACAGAAAAAUGCAUUUCUUCUUUUACUACUAUUUGAAGCCAUGGAAAUGUAUAGAAAAUACACAUAGAGUUUCUAUAUUUUUACUAUUUCUAUAUCUAUGAGACUUUGUGACAGUAAUUAAAUACAUUCUUUGUUGAUGUGCUCAUUCAUUUUUGUAUUGUACAUAGUACAGCUUUAGGUCAUAGACAAUAAACAAUUAGUACAAUUUAA